UGAGAUCUAUGUUCCCAACAGUUGGUCUGAGGGAGCAGAGGAGAGUAAAAGUGAGUGAGAGGCAUCCUUGACGGCCAGGAGACGAGAAUUAAGGAAGAGAAAAGAGGUGACGAGAGAAAAGGAGGAGAGAGAGAAAAGAUACAGCAUUACUGAAGAAGAGAAAGAGUGACCUGGAACAAACUAAACACUUCUGGGGAAAGAUGCAGGGAUGUCCAAAUGUAAUGGGGUUACUCAAAAGCGACAAUCCUGCGCAGCGCCACACUAUCACCUGCUAACACCUCCCUGACACCAGCUUUUUUCUGCACAACACACAGGCUGGGCCACCAAUCCCCCAAGCCCGGCCUAGCCUUGGCCGGGACAAAGGCCAAUCCCUCCGAUAUGGGGGUGGCCAAAGCCAUCCGUCGUUUCAGCGGGGGUGGCGGGGUGGGGGAGUUGCGGGAAGAGGAGUCAGUGGAGUCCCCCACCAGCUGCCACAAUGGCAGGCCCGCCCCCGUCCGGCAGCGCAGCCGUUUCGUGAAGAAGGAUGGCCAUUGCAACGUGCAGUUCGUCAACAUGAGUGAGAAGGGCCAGCGGUACCUGACAGACAUCUUCACCACUUGUGUGGACAUCCGCUGGCGCUGGAUGUUCCUCAUCUUCUGCCUCUCAUUCGUGCUCUCCUGGCUGGUCUUUGGCUUCACCUUCUGGCUCAUUGCUGCCAUGAACGGGGACCUUGCACCCGAGCAGCCUCCCAACUCAAAGCCCUGCUUCUCCGAGGUCACCAGCUUCAUGGCCGCCUUCCUCUUCUCCCUGGAGACCCAGACUUCCAUCGGGUACGGCUUCCGCAGUGUGACGGAGGAGUGCCCAUGCGCCGUCCUGGCUGUGGUGCUGCAGUGCAUUCUGGGUUGCAUCAUUGACGCCUUCAUCAUUGGGGCCAUCAUGGUCAAGAUCGCCAAACCCAAGAAGCGCAAUGAGACCUUGGUCUUCAGUGAGACAGCCGUGGUGGCCAUGCGCGACGGGAAGCUCUGCCUCAUGUGGCGUGUGGCCAACCUGCGCAAGAGCCACCUGGUGGAGGCCCAUGUUCGGGCACAGCUGCUGCAGCCUCGCGUGACCCCCGAAGGCGAGUACAUCCCCCUGGACCACAACGAUGUCAACGUGGGUUUCGACAGCGGCACCGACCGCAUUUUCCUGGUGUCGCCUGUGACGAUUGUGCACGAGAUCGACUCCGAAAGCCCCCUCUACGAGUACGGCCCCGCAGACCUGGCCGAGGCUGACUUUGAGCUGGUGGUCAUCCUGGAAGGCAUGGUGGAAGCCACGGCAAUGACCACUCAGUGCCGCAGUUCCUACCUGCCCAGCGAGCUGCGCUGGGGACACCGCUUUGAGCCUGUGCUCUUUGAGCGGCGCGGCCACUAUGAGGUUGACUACCAGCACUUCCACCGUACCUACGAGGUGCCGGGAACCCCAACGUGCAGCGCCAAGGAGCUGAGCCAUCGCAAAUACAGGGCGCCCCCUGCAGGAGCCACUGCUGCUCGCGCCUCCUUCUGCUACGAGAACGAGGUGGCGCUCAGCUGCUGCCGCGAGGAAGAGGAGGAAGAGGAAAGGCAAGGAAGCCGGAGGGUGAGCCUGGAGAACGAGGCAGCCGCCACCACGUGACGCCACCAGUGUCCUUAGACUGAGGAGGGCCGAGGGGAGGUGGGGAGAAAAGCAGCUGUUGUAGCACCAACACCGCCUCUUCACACAGCAAAAAGAUAACACUUUCAUGCUUCACCGUUCCUGACCCCCCAAAAAAGCACAUCUAGCAAGGUCUGGGCUUUCUAGAACAGGCUGUCAUGUCUGUGUCUCUAACUGUUGGGAGAAAGAAAGGCCAUUUUCUGACAUUUUAGCCCUUGGACAAACUGAGAGUUUCCCCGUGAUAGUUGGAACUGCUGAAGGAGGUUUAAGAGGCUAUCAAUGCUAAAAAGGGAAGGGGGCGGGAACCAAAGUUAAGCACAGCUGGUAAACCUGACAGGAGGAACAAUACUCACCUCAUGUUCAUAAAAUUAUGGAUGUGGCUGUGGGAGCUAGCUAAAAGUGUUUAUUGUACGGAGUUCCAAGGACUUAUAAGGGGGGUACUUAAUGUUGCUCAAAUGAAGACCUGCCCCUUGUGGAUUUGAGCCGUGGAUGUCUAAUCUAUCAGGCUCUAUGAUAUAUAGAGGGAAGAAGGGUUCAUUGAGCUCUGGAGGCGACUUUUCAGGGGAUCUGCUGGAAGGUAUCUGGCCUUGUAGGAUCUAUGAAAAUGCAGGAGGGCAAAUUGUUUCAGAAAUGUGUGUUUCUUUUCAGAUCUAAUGGCCAGAAAUCACACACCUACAGGGUGCAAAACUACAUGUGGUCUUAGCACCCCUAAAACUGGUUUGCCAAGCCCAAAUCAGUAAGUCCUAUCUAAAAUUCCAGUGGAAGUAACUGGAAGUUUUCAUGUGUGUGCAUUUAAAAAAAGAGAGUAACUGGCAAGUAACUGGCAAUAUUUCAAAUAAAUCUUUCUUUAAAAGGAGACAGUUAAGGCGCAUAAAAUGUAAUCACACCACAAAACAAGGGUUGUCAUUAAAAAGAAAAACUGAAAUCCAA